GUGAAGUUCGACAACAUCACGAAGCGAAUUCAGGCUUUGUGUGAUGGCUUAGACUCCGACUUUAUCGACCCGGUGAGGAUCACCAUGAAGGUUCUCGACGGAUUCCACAGUGGGAUCACCACGGCCCAGAUUGAUGAGCUAGCCGCCGAGACGUGUGCAUACAUGUCCCAGAAGCAUCCGGACUUCUCGAUCCUGGCUGCGCGCAUCGCGGUCUCGAACCUGCACAAGAACACCUCCGACUCCUUCGCAGAGACCUGCCGAGCCCUGCACGAGUACAGGGACAAGCAG